GAAAUCGACGAUUAUCGAAGGUCGCUAAUCAAAACAAAAAAGGCUAGCAACUGUUGUUAGAAUAAAGAUUUAGGUAAAUUAAGUUAAAAUUAUUUUAAAGAAUAAAAAAUCCAAAGGACUUCUGUUGUAAAUAAUAAAUUUUAAAAUGCCUUUAUUUGGAAAACCAAGUUUUAAAGCUAGUCGCAAAGUUCCAAAACGAAGAGCAGAUGCUGGUUCUUCUAAUACCAUUCAGUUAGCUGAUAAGGAUACUUUAGAUCCUAAUUUGGAUUUUUCACAAAUUCCCUUGCAACUUUCUCUGGGUGGUCGUAAAAUGAUGUUUCAGAACGGAUCAUGGAUAUCUCGAGAUGCUGGCAGCGAAUCUUCAUUACAAGAAUCAGAUGAAGCUACUGCAUUAAAAGAAAAGAUUUUAAUUCUAGAAGAAGAAAGAAAUUUGCUAAAAUACAAGAUUGAGUUGUUACUUGAUAUGCUUGCUGUCAGUCAAUCUGAUUUAACUUACAUGGAGCAAGAAAUUUGCCAGCUAAAAAAAACGAAGAAUUAAAUUUUUCUUUUGUAUUGAAAGUACUGAGCAUGGCGAAAAAGUAUAUUUAUGAGAACUUGGUAUUUUAACUAAUUUUCUUAUUAGUCGCUAGUUGAAAAUAGCUGGUUUAUAGUAAUAUAAACACGAAUAGUAUUGAUUUAUAUUAUAGAUAUAGUAAAGUAAUGAAGUAAAAGAUUAUAUUGUAUCAAAUUAAUCAGAAUAUUAUAUUGUAUUAAUAAACUAUAUUUAUUUUAGUAUUAAAAAUGACCAUAUAUUUUACA